UAGUUUAAAGGAUUUUGAAAUUCAAUUUUCACGAAAACAAAGUUGUGUAUGAAACAAUUUUAUCCCAUUUUUCCAACUUAUUUUUUCGUACAAAAUCAACGCUCGAUUGACAUAUAGAUUUUAUUUUCCGCGUUUGAGUGCUUCCAGUUUUAUUCUUUAUUCCGCGCUGAAAAUAUUUAACGUUAAAAUUUAGCGUACGACCGACAGGGUAAUAACAAACUGAAAGAUUUACGCUCGUGGUAUUUAUUAUGUACUAUUUUAUGUUCUUCGUUUACCUUUGUUACGUGUGGAUAUAGUGUAAGGUUUAUAUUAAUUUUGGAAUUACGAUCUGUUAUAACCGGUGUAUUAUUUUUCCGUUCGCGACGCGUUAGAACUUUACCUGUGGUUACCUGUGGAAAUAGAUGUAAACGUUCGAGCAGGGGAAGACUGUUUUGAUUAUUUCAGGCCAGUGCGUGCGUGUGAAAAACAAUGUUCACUUCAGACCCGCAGGCCAUCUACGAAGCCGACCGAGCUGGUACAGCAUUCCAGAAAGGGAUAAUCCCUUGAAGUAAACACGUGAAUUAUAUCAGCGGGCGACAGCAGACGUGUCGAAACGCAACCGUUCAUUCAUUCGUUCUUAAACCUUCGUCGAGUGAGUGUACACAAUCAGAGAGCCGAACAAAUGGAUUUCAUUUAAAAACGAGCCGAUAAUAAUAGGCGGUAAAUCACACCGAAGGAAUCGAAACGAAGCAUAGGAAAGCGGUGAAAGGGGUUGGCAAUGGUAGUGAGCAGUCAUCACGCUUCCGACUCGGUGACUCGAUUCAUCUUCCUGCCAGGAUAGAACGCGAUGGAUGUUCGCAGCUCGAUUGCACGGUAUUACGAAAUCACGAAACGCUGCGUAAAACUUCCUAAACACUCUUACGUUGACUCCACGUAUGGAUUUGUGCACCGAGGCAAGGAUCUCUUUCAAAUUCACAAGUGGCUCCCUCUCACUGCGAAUAUUUAAUUGGCGCCAAUGUUUAACUUGCAUUAAUCAAUCAAACGUUUGUAAUUUCUUUUUAGGCGAUUACAAAAUUGCAUAUUCAAAGGUAAAUCUAAUUCCAUAAUGAAGGAAAGUUUAUUACAAGGUACUUUCAAAAAGUUCUAUGUUUUAUUAACUAAUUUCAUUUCGUUUGAACGUAUAAAAACGAAAAAGUAAGAAGGGAUAGAGAAAGAAAUAAAGUUUUUCCGACGAAGUAUAAGUUUUACAAUACGGACGAUUCGAUUCAAAUGGUAAAUGGUCAAAAUCGAGUAUCAUAGACCGAGAUUUAUUUCUGACCCGGUGCAUCUGUUCGUCCAUCCAGAAUUCGAUACGUCAACCGUAGAGUCGAGGACGUUCCUUAACAAAAAUAAAAGGAACAGUAAAAUAUGAACGUUAUUGGAAACACGAUUUGGUGGAAAUAAUGGAGCGCACGAAAUAUUGAGUCAUCUGUGAUGAACGCACUUGGCACUCGUAGUGUUCAAUUUACCUGUUAGGACGAAUCGAUGGAAAUCUAACUAUCACGUGAAAUGGAGAAAAUUGCUAGGAAAGGGAAUGGAAUCCAAAGGAUUGGCGUCGAAGAACGGCGCAAUCGGUAUCCCAUCCGCAAUUUUAUUCCAGUAACAACCGGGAGGGCCAGGCAUUCGUUUGUUGACCACCGACGAGGAAACGGACCAAAGAGUCCCUACUUAUUUUUAGAAGCCUCAGGCUGCUUCUCGAAAUCACCAACCUCCAAUUCACCCACGACAUCGACGAGUGGGUGUCGAUGUAAGCAUCCUGCCGAAGACAAAGUGGUGGUGAAAAGGUUCGCAAAAGAUUAGAUGGAGGGAUGAAACGACGGAGAAAAAUAUUUCUAUGAAAAUGUGCAAAAAAAGAAGAGAACCGUCGUAUGAUUGGAAACGUAGGAAAGGAUUGAAAACUAUAAACUCCUUCACGCAUUAAAAAUUCCGUAUCUUCGAAAUUCCAUAAACCCACUUGCAGCCGUACCAUCAUCCAAGCAUUACACUUAAACACUCUCGAUGUAAUACCAUUAAAUCGGCUGGAAAGUAGCUUAACGGCGACAAGAAACAUAUACACAUUCCGCUCAUCACUCGGCAGCCGUAAAACGAAGAAAUAAAUGGAUUCCCAAAGAUGAUCGUUCGGAAACAGGUUUCGUUCUAGCGAUCCCGAAAUCGUGCCCGUCGUUAUCCGCAAUCCGAUAAUUUCAGAGAGGAAUGCAGCCCGCUGCUUCAUCCUCAUUUCUGCCGAUGUGCUGUCCCGUUAUAUAUACCUUUGCCUUCUACCGUCAGAUGCACGCACGUAUUCAACUCAGACAGUGGAAGGCUGGUGUCGGACGCACAAGAAAUCCUUCCAGCCAGCUUCUGCACUUGCCGCACUUUUGGCGCCGACACUAAUUGCCGUACCUGCUGUAUACGGACAGCCGUCUCGUAAAAGCUUAGCCAGUUGAUCGUUUGGCCUUGCCGGAGUAAAAUACUCUCGAGAUAUACCCACCCUCCGUGCAACGGUUCACCGAAGACUGUCGUUCGCCUGUUUCGAGAGUGUUUCAUGGUGAAGUGCUCGUACCGAUGAUGCUACGCUCCAGCGGACGGUAAUGUUCCUCGAUUCCUUCGUCGAAAUUAUUUUUCGUCGACGGUGCGUGGUUUUUGUGUCAGACCGCCGAGGAGCCGACUUAAUUAAUGGAGUUUCGGUGCUAAAUCGAGGUGAACAGUGCACGAAUGACCCCAGUUUGAAAUACAGUUAAAGUCAAUGGUCUCUCGAGUGUCGCGUUGGAGUGGAAAUAAAACAGCGACGACGUCCGGUUAUUUCGCAUGAGAAAAACUCGAAUAACCCGCGAGUUUGUCCCAGUGAUGACUCGUCGAACCACCAAACGGAGGCGAGAUAUCAGCCACGGGAAGCUGAAGAGUAGACCAGUCGGUCGAGAGUCGAUCGGUGAUUGAAGUGACGAAAAGAGAUACGUUGACCAGACUGGUUUAUUUCUACCGCAGGUGAAUUUACGUAAGGAUCAAUGUCGACCACCAUUUGCCCCGUUCUCGUGCUGUCAUUUCUGAUACUGUCGCUAUCGGCGGAAGCCGAGGAAAUGAUGGAUCCCUUUGUUCUGAUACGACAGACGCUAAAAUAUUGGCUGAAGAUCUACAAGAUGUACCACGAAGAGGUGGCUCUCGGUUACUGCUGGGCCGAGUAUUUUCUGCUGUUCGAAAAGAAUAUGACGAAUGUGUCGCGCUCUGUAUCCCAGGAACCUUCCAAUUCAGAGUUUGCCAGCUCAACCCUUUUAUCUCUUCGAAAGAACGACGUUCCAAGGGAUGAAUUUAAAGAAAGUCGAACAGAAGAUUACUGGAUGCUCGGUGGAUCGAUGGACUCGUCUCGUAAAUUUUUAUCUCCGAAAAUGGGUCAAGGUUCUUCGGGUGCUUCUCGAAAGGUUCCAUUUUUAUUCCAAUUUUUUCAUCCGGACCGAGUGGAAUCGUUCGACGGUAGUUUGCUUUCCGUCGGAGAAACGGUAGAUUCCGAUCCGAGAUUCGAAGACGGUGCGAUUAAGGAGCUGGAAGGUAACAAGGAUAAAGGCGAUUUUCCUCGCGAAAGGAAGCUUAACUCGGUGAAUCUGAAAUUGCAAAGAGUAGAACAACGGUUGAGUAGCUUCGAGGAGAAUCAGCGCGGAAAUUUACGCGGUAAACGUGACGUAAAUGAUCAGAUAAGAGGCUUCGUUUGGCUUCCAUUGAGGAUCAAGCGGCUGGCUUCUUCGCGCGCUUCUUCCUCGGAUGAAAUUUCGAAGCAGGGUGUUUGGAAAACUGGUAUCGAGUCACGUUCGUCAAAUUCCAGAAACCUCAUUGAAACACUCGAUAAAAAAUAUCGAUUACGGAACAAUGAAGCGACAAUAUUUGCUACGAAUAUUCGUCCAAUGAACACUCGAUCAAAGAUAAAAGCAUCGUUCGUAAUACCUGGAGGAAUCGUUAAUGUCCCGGGGCAAUUUAUCACCAUCAAUCCUCGAGCGUUACAGAGGAAUCGAUCACCCGAUGAGGAAAAGAAACUGGGAAGCAAUUGUGGAGACGAGAACAGCUCUAAACAAUUACCGAACGUGAGCGAUAAUCGGUAUCGGAGGAGCCAACAGGAUUUUCUCCUGGUGGAGUCAAACGUAGGUCGAAACGCGACCAUUCCUGUGGGAACACCCUUCUUACCUCCCAUCAACUAUCCGCAAUUUAUGGGGGACGACAGCUGGGCGAGAGGAACAAGCACGAAUUCGAGAUCAACUCGAUCCUUCUGGGCGAAGGAUCGAGGUCGACGACCUCCGGACAACCGUGCCGUGCCACGUGGAAUUGCUAAAACCUUCGGCACGUUUUUUCGUGUCCGUGAAACGUUUAUGGGCUUUCUAAGAACCCUUGGAUUCUUUGUGCAAGUAGGCAGGGAACUGAUAGAUUACGUGGAGUCCAAUACCGCGCUGGCCUGCACCAAGGACUACUUAUGGGGCAAGGCUGUUCAGUGGAUUGAUUCUUGAAUUAAGUGUUUGAGAUUAGGUACCAUUAGUGAAGUUGAAGUUUCGUUUCAAGUUGAAGCAUUCAAGAGCAUAUUCAAGGGCAUAUUGAGAUGAGACUGAAGUGUGAAUUGAGAGCAAUAGUGUACUCUUUGUAAUACUGAUCUUCUUGGGGGACUUGAAAUUAACAGUUGUUUAAUAUUUCAUAUAGGAAAUGAAGAACUGAUCUGUGCCAAGUUCAAAUUUUAUACAAUUUAUUUCUAAUUUUAAUAAAAGUUUUAUUUUUUAUCAUUAAAAAUCACUUUUCGCGAAUGAAAAUAAAAAUAGAACUUAUAGAACUUAUCCUCUUCAUUUCCUAAUUGUUUGAUUAUAUUGAACUUAUAUUGCCAAUCAAUUGAUUUUUAUAACAGUCCACGUGUUAAGCGAAAUCUCCGAUAGAAUUCUCAUAAAGAGGGUAAAGUUGAUCGCAAAAACGUCUAUAAAACUGGGUCGAAACUUUGUUACCGUCGAAAAAUAUUCUCCUAUCAAAACAGACCCCUGUUAAUGAGCGUCAAUUAGAGAAGCACCCAAUAUAGGCGGCCGUGAUUUAUAAGUAGCUCGCACCGGAAGUGCAGUGAAGGUGCCGUAAAAGCGGCCAAUGAUCCUUCGAUUCGUUAAUCCUGGCUAAGAUCGAUCGAUCGGUCGAUCGAUCAGCUAAUAUCAGACGUCUUGGAAGAGGAAUCGUUCGACCGUUUGCCAUGACAGGGCUCGGUAAAUGAGUCGCCGAUAACGCGGGCUGCCAUGGACGGUUCGGGGUUAGAAUUAAGAGGGGCAAUUGAUUCCCCAGAAACAGGUGUUCGUUGUAGUCGAUAGUGAGCAUCGCGAAUGAAUUUUUGAUGCCACCUGUUGCUGCAUCCAACUCUAUCUUUCCUUCUGUUUCUCUCUGCUACCCUUUCAAGCCGCAAUGCUUCUCGAGUUACUAUCAGGGAAUAACGACGAUUGGCUGGAAAAUGAAGCAACAUCGAUAGAAAUGUAUUCUAGACACCCCGCAAAUCAAGAUUCUCGAUGAACCAUUCAGCCAAGAGCAUCCAUCGAGUACCAAUGGUUUACGGAUAACAAGAAUCAACAGCCCUCGAACGAUCGUCGUUGCACGAAUAAUUAUCUCAAGACAAAAGUUCUCCAUUUCGAUGGGAGAAAGAUAGGGAAGAAAAAAGAACAGUCCGAGAGGUGAUCGUUUUUAUGCAAUUAUCCGAGAGGUAAAUAAAUACUCGAUAUUAAUCGUAUUCCUUUGGUUCGUUAAACUCAUCGACGAUCCACCGGUAUUCGUUUCAUCAAGCCUUGAAUAGCGGAGAGGAUGGACGGAUGCUUGUGAAAGGAUUGAAAAGUCCUGAAUAGUCUCGAGAAAGAUCAAACACGGAGGGGUCGAGGCAUCAAAGGGACAAGGAGGUGGAUGAAAGGCGAAAUGAUAAGGGCAAGGAAAUAGGAACGAUCAUUUAUGUAGAACUCGCGUGAAACAACCCCUUUGCUUUCUUUUUUUUUUUACUCUCGAAAGACUUGUUGACAUUGUCUCGUGCAUAGAAGGAGGCGAAGCGACACGUUGAUUAAACGCAGUGAGUGCUCUGUAUGAGCAAACUGCAACGAGGAACGCGUUUAUUUCGACGGUAGCCCUCCUCGUUUGUCCUCGUAUUCAGCCCUGAUCUUACACAGAUUUUCGUUUACACGACCGCGUUUAUUUAGAACGACGGUACACGUCGCGCUGAUGAAUUUCCAGAACCUUGGUGAGAUUCUUUUUAGCGAGAUUCUGUGUAAACGAUCGCCAGCAAUUAGUGGGUGUUAGAUAAUUAAGGAGU